UGAAAUACUUUCCAUGCAGAAAUGUGAUGUGCCAGCCUUUGUGCAACUCUUUAUUGCCCCCCAGGUUCAGAAAGCACUCGAUCACAACCAGAUGUUCUCCAGAACGCUGCUCUGAGACCAGUUUAGCUUUCAUUACGUGUGGGGCAUCUCAUUGAUUUGUGACCUCAACAGGGGUCCAGCGCAGAGACUCCAUUCGUGGACUCCUACUCCACCCCCUGAGCAGAGAAGAAGAAACGACUAAACCUCAGAAGUCUUUGUGAAGCAGCGCACAGUUGUGAGAGCUUUCAUAGAGCCAUGGAGUGUUUGUUUUUAGUGUUUUUGGGUUCGCUGCUGGUUCCUCUGCGGGCACUGAGCAGGUCAAACUGCAAGCCCAUGACCUCCACCUUUUGUCAGGGUUUAGGGUACUCCACCACCCAACAUCCGACAGGAGUGACGGGGUACACCCUGAGGGAGAUCGGUCAGAUCGUGGAGACUUCGUGCUCUCCGAACGUGGCCGUGCUCAUGUGCCGGGUCGUGGUGCCGGAGUGCGGCUCGGAGGAGGACGCUCGGAUGAAGCCGUGCCGAGCGCUGUGUGAGAAGGUGAGGACGGACUGCGAAGCUCCGCUGAAAGCCAAAAGGAUCAGCUGGCCGUCGAGGCUCCGCUGCGACACUCUGCCCGAGAACAACUGCGCGCAGGGUCAGGUCUCCAGCCCCGCUCAAACAUCGUCGGCUACAUGUGAGGAGAUCAGCGUGGCUCUGUGCCGGGACCAGACGUACACCGAGACUGUCCUGCCGAACAUCCUGGGCCACGCCUCUCAGGAGGAGGCCGGCCUGGAGAUAAACAAGUAUUCCCCUCUCAUCCAAGUGGGCUGCUCCGCUCACCUGAAGCCUUUCCUGUGCUCCGUCUACACUCCGAAGUGUGUGUCUGGCGCUCGUCGGCCUCCCUGCAGGACGCUCUGCGAGAAGGCCAGGUCGGGCUGUGAGUCCCUGAUGAACAAAUACGACAUCUAUUGGCCAGAAGCCCUGCGAUGUGAAGCCUUCACCACUGAGAGCUGUGAGAACGUAAGUCUCCUCUUCCUCGUUUUCUACUUUCAGGUUCAUAUCAGUAUGUAGUGUCU